AUGUCAACUCUAAUGUUUCUUUGCUUCUUGUCUACUGCUUUUGUUGAUAAGCAGAUCCCUGUCGAUUUGGGUGUAAGCCACGUUGUUGUUCAGGUUGCUGACGACUACACGGCCAGUCGCCCAAUAAACAAUGACCUGGGACGCGUGCGGAUGUCAGUAAAGGUAAGGGGAUCUUGCAUCAUUAUAUUUGCAGGCAAACGUGGGUGAACUUUUCAACUGGAAUGUCAAGCAGCUGUUCAUUCUGCUAGCAGCCGAGUAUAAAACCAAAGAUAAUGAACUGAACCAAGUUGUCCUUUGGGACAAAAUUAUUAGGAGGGGAGAAAACUACAAUAUCGACUACAAGAGCAUGGCGGGCAAAUAUCCCUUCUGGGAUGACGGCCACGGCCUGCGCGGCAACGACAAUGUUACACUGAAGUUCUACUGGAAUAUAAUACCGAAUUCAGGAUUGAUGCCUCUAAGAUCGAGCGGCAGUCAGUUCGUUUUCGCAUUUCCUUCAAAAUAUAUCGAGAGAAGGUGAUACACACAAAGCCGGUAAAUAUCCAACGUGAACACCAUUAACUCCCAGGGUAGGGUUUCCCCAGUGUUGCAGGCUUCAAAGUCCAUGAGGACGUCGUUUUGUACACUGAUUUAUUCGUUCGCACCUCCCUUUAA